AGGAACACGAAGGGGGGAACUGAAAGUGCUCGUGGCUUCGCGUUUUCUGAAUGGCCAAAACACUCUGCCUCUCUCUACUACUCUUCAUGGCGGCGGUGGCGACGUCGAUCGCCGCCACAGAAAACAACUUCACUUCCGGCGGGCUGUUAUGGUCCACUGCCACGGAAGAAUCCGAUCUGGCCCCGCCGGAAGAUUCAAACUCCGACGGCGGGUUUUCUUCACUCGACGGCAUGUUGCAGUGGGCUAUAAGUCAUUCUGAUCCCGAAAAGUUAAAGGAAUCAGCAGAAGCUCAGCAACAGCUUUCACCGAGUGAGCUACAAAAACGUCAAUUGGAAAUCAAGGAAAUAAUGGAGAAGAUAAAGAUGCCUUCGGAUGCUGAAUUGAUGAAAAUCGCAAUUAGUGAUUUGAAUAAUGUGAGUACGUCUUUGGAAGAUAGGUUACGUGCUUUACAGGAGCUUCUUGAGCUUGUUGAGCCAAUAGAUAAUGCAAAUGAUUUAAACAAACUUGGGGGCCUUUUUGCUGUUGCACAAGAACUUAAUCACUCUGAUCCAGGUAUAAGGACAGUUGCUGCAUGGGUUCUUGGAAAAGCUUGUCAAAAUAAUCCAAUUGUUCAGCAGCAGAUAUUGGAACUUGGUGUACUCUCUAGGCUGAUCAAAAUGGUAAAAUCUCAUUCUAUUGAAGAAGCCAAUAAAGCACUGUAUGCUGUUUCAGCUUUGAUUCGGAAUAAUUUAGCUAGUCAGGAUUUGUUCUAUGCUGAAGCUGGAGGAUGGAUGCUUCAGGAUAUUUUGAGCAAUGCAACUCUCAAUAUCAGACUACGCAGGAAAGCUGUACUUUUAUUGGCUGAUCUAGCAGAGUAUCAAUUAGAAAAUGUAGACAGUGACGAACUGCCAUUUUUUAAUGACCAGGAUCUAUUGAAGUCUGUGGUUGAUUUAACUGCAUCAACCGACCUUGAUCUCCAGGAAAAGCAGGCCCUUGUUGCGAUUAAGAAUCUCUUGCAACUAAGGACCACUGAAGCCCGGAUCUUUAGGGACUUCUGUGCCUUAGGUGAUGCACUGAAUAGAAUGAAGCUGUCGUUGCAUGAUUUGAUGGUGGAUGAGUAUCAGAAAGACUAUGUGAUGGAUGUGGAAAGUCUUCGUGUUGAAGUAGAACACAUUUUCCAUAGAAAGCUGGUAAAAUAAUGAUGAGAUGACAUCCCCUUAAGGUGCUGAUUUUGUAUCAUUAUCUAGUUUCUAGAGAUUACUUUUCUCACAAUUUUGAUGCUGCUGUAGGUAGACGUUUGAGAAAUGGAUGUUAGAUGCAUUAAUAUUAAUUUUAUAGUGUACAGUACAGGUUAUUCCCCAUCAAUUUACUAGAAUUUGGUGAUAUUUGAUUUAAAUGUAUUCGGUUAGAUUUUAUUUUGUAUAAAAUUUGAGUUAACAGAUAUCUUUUAUUAAGUAAAGAAGCAUAAACUUAAAUAAAUACUUUAUAAGAUAAAUUUGUUGAUGUGUGUGUGUGUGUGUGUGAUAUAUAUAUAUAUAUAUAGAGAGAGAGAGAGGGGGGGGGGAUCAUGUUAUUAAGAUUAACUUGAUCACAAAAACUCAUUAUCAACGGUAACUUAUUCUUUAUAAAUAAUAAAUUUUGUCUAUACAAUUGCUGAAUUAAAAGAUUUUAUUCAGUAGAUUGAAAAACUCAUCCAAGUCAAAAGUUAAUUAACAUUUCAUCAAGUGACUUAAUGUAACAUAUUAACAUUUCAUACAAGUCAAAAGUUAAUUAACAUUUCAUCACUUUAUGUACAAUGUAACAUAUAAUAUAUUUUUUUAAUUAACAUUUCGUCAUUUCCUCUUAAAAAAAUGAUAAUUUGAGAAAACAUACACCCCAAUUAUCAUUUUUAAUAAGAGGAAAUAAGAGAGUGAGAGAUAUAAAUUUGAAUUGUAAAACCAUACACGGAUGUUAUAAGAUUGGAGAAGUUACAUAAUCACUUUAAAAGAUAGUGACUUUUUAAUAAUUUUACAUGACUUGUAUGUUUCAAUCUUGAUUAUUCAUGAUGAGAUAUAAUAAUUAAAUUUUGUUCCUCUUCCUUACAUGAAAAAAGGCUCUCUCACUAGAAAAGGAAGGAAGUAAACAACUAGUUGAUGAUACAUUGUACAAAUAGAUCAUGGGAUCAUUAAGGUUCCUAUGCAAUUCUAAAUUUGAUUUGGCCAAUAGUGUUGACUUGGUGAGCAUAUUCUUUGAAGCCUCACCUCAUUGUUGUCCAGAGGAUUCUAAGGUAUAUAUUAAGGACAUUGGAUUCUAUGGUAUACAUUGGAUUUUCGGAUUUUGAUGUUAUGUUCCCUAAUAUUAAACAAUGUACAAAGCAGAAAUUAUAGGCUUUUCGGAUUCAGAUUGGUGUGAAGACAAAGACAACCACAAGAGCACUGCAAGUUAUAUUUUCAUGUUGAUAAAACACCAAUCUCAUGGAGUUCUAAGAAACAAAGUGUGGUAGCAUUAUCCUCUUGUGAAGCAUAAUAUAUUUUUGUAUCUUUGGGAGCAUACCAGGCUUUAUGGCUUGAAGUAUUGCUUUAGGAGAUGAAUCUAAGUAAGGAGCUCACCACCUAUGAAGUUACUAAUUAACAAUACAUCAACAAUUAACUUGGCUAAGCAUCCUGUUAGUCAUAGCAAAAGAAAGCAUAUUGAAAUAAGGUUCCAUUUUCUACAAUAUCAAGUCAACAAAUGUAAGCUUAAAUUGGAGUACUGCAAGUCAGAAGAGUAGAUUGUUUAUAUACUGACUAAACUUUUGAAGAUUGGUAGAUUUAAUGAGCUUAAAAACAAGCUGAGAAUGUCUUUAGCUUAUUCAAAUUAAGAGUUGUGUUGGUGUAUAAUUCAAGUUAAUUAUUGAGUUGGUUGAUAGUUAAAAGUUGUUGGUAGUUACUAUUAAUGCAAACAACUAAAAAAAUUGGCUUUCUCUAAACAACCCUAAAUAUGUCUAUUUUAUUCUUGGCUGUAAGAUGUCUAGGAUCGUGUAUCAC